GAAGGCUUGAACGGACGACGAUACGAUCAAGCGAGGACUUUUUCGAGCUUCAAAGCGGGCUUCCAUUUCGGUUGUGCUUUGGGCGUUGAACGGUGGACGUCUGGAGAGGGAUACAGGGAUACAAGACACGACUGGACUCAGAACUAGACACGAGAACGAGACAGGAGACGAGACGGAAGGGAAUUCGAGAGGGAUAACGUUUCGUUUGGAGGACUAGACCGAGACCUGGCUUGACCUCGACGGUCGAGCUACUAAUAGUUGCUGCUGGACGCGGCAUAUAGACCACAUAGAUAUAUUGAGCACGAUGGAGGAGCCGGUGAGGAUUGGAGAGGGACUGAGGAUAUCGGUGGUGAGGUACGACAAGCCGUUGCCGGCGAUGCCAGUGGACGAUCCGGAGGCGACGCCGGUGGAGGGAAUGAAUGGGUGGAUGCAUGGGUUAGAGGAUGGCAGUGGGUCGUGGGUAGAGACGAGAGUGGAGGAAGCGAACUUAGCCUAUCUCCGUCGCUUCCCCAACUUUGCACCCCCGCCGUCGCCGCUCACACCCGUCCAGGCCAUGCACGCUCGCCCACAGGCCCCGACCCCGUCCACCGCUCCCCGCGCUAUCGACUCCGACGAGCUCUGGUCACCGACCCGACACAAUAAUCUCGACGCGUUCCCCUCGUCUGGACAGCCCGUCUUUGCUUCACCUUCUCGCAUGCCUGAAGACGCGGACGAAUCCCAUCCAGACGGCUCUCUCCAUCCGCCCUACGCGAGCUACCGACCACCGCACCCGACCUACACUCCCGCUUCCCUCACACCAGCCCUCUCUUCCGCCGGCUCGUCAUCGGCUUCCACUAGGUCCUCUGCAUACACCUCCUCAGGCAGCGCACUCGCACACAGUGACUACGGUAACCACGUUCACGUCGCUACUCCCUCCGACAACGAGGACGAUCAACCCGGCUCUCCUCUCGCCAUAGGCGUCGGUAUCACCUCGGACCAGGUCAACAAUCCGCACGCGUCCGCGCUCGUCUCGAACCCAAACCUAAACCCAAACUCCAACUCCCACUCUCGUGUUCCCAUCGACCAGGCACGCUGGUCUCAUUCCUACUCGGGCAGUAUACGAUCAAGAACUUCCCUCGUCCGGCCCAAUGGCAACGGCAUGCAUGACGCCGGCGCGAACACAAGUCCGCCUCUGAACUCGAAGAAGAGCUAUGAUGCCAGUUGGCAGCCCGUCACCGUCGAAGAGCGGGACGAGGUCGAUCUCACGAGCGGAGACGAGACGGACGAAACCGACCUCGAUCAGGACGAUUUGGACGACGACGACGACCAGGAAGAAGAGGCUCACCAGGCCGUCGUCCUUGCAGAGGAAGGCCGUGGCCUGAUCGUCCACGGCGAGGGCGUACCCACCGUACAACUCCAGGUCCAGAACGGCACGACCCACCUCCUCCUCGCCUCCUCGAGCACGCCCAACGCCCUCCCACCCUUCCUGACCCCAACCCUGCAACGCAUCCACCCCACCCUCGUAGCCCUCGACAUCUCCCGCAACUACCUCGUCGCCCUCCCGCCCGCCCUCCAACUCUGCUCCUCCCUCGAAGAACUCAACAUCUCCGCCAACCCCAUCCGCGCCCUCCCCGUCUUCAUCGCCCACCUCACCUCCCUCCGCGUCCUCAUCGCUGACUCGACCGGCAUCGGAACAUUACCGCACGAGCUCAGCGGGCUCGACAAACUGCACACAUUGAGCAUACGGAGGAAUAAAUUGCACGCGUUGCCGAGCUGGUUGUGUGUACUGGGGAAUCUGGAGGUCUUGCUCGUGGACCAGAAUCCGUUUCAGGGUCCUUGGAAAGCCCUUGUCGAUCCGCUGUUGGCGAGGGAGGUCGUGCAAGUGCAGACGCCGGGCCUGAUGCCUUCCACCCCCGUCUGGCCGUCUUCUUCGAUCAACAAACACAGCGUCCUCAAUAACAAUACCAACACCAACAACAAUAUCGUACCCGAUUCGGACACGGACGGCGACGAAUCCUCUGGCUCGCCGCCUGCGCAGCAACACUUGGGCACGGGUGUAGGUCUCGGUGUGAAUAUGAAUGGGAACGCGACGGAGGACGAGGAUACGAUCAUGCCCGGACGAGGCGCGACUCCUGCCGUCUCGCGUGCGCCUGUUCCUGCGUUACCUUCGCCUGCAUUGCCGUCUGCGCCACUGCUUAUGCCGUCUUAUCCUAACCCACACCCUGAUCCCGAUCCCGAUCCUGACUCUAAUGCCGACUCCAACUUUGCCACACCUGCACCUGCACCUGCACCGGCGUCAACACCAGGACCAGGAGACGCACCGACGAGACCGAUAGCCAGGACGCGAACGACGCCGAAUCGGUCGUACUACGAGAAAGCAAGGAAGAGCGCGGGGGAUAGUGUGCAUUCGUCUGGGUCGAGGGGAUUGGGAUUAGAUUCGCAGGCGCAGUGGCCACAGGGCGGUCCAGGAGCAGGAGGACAAUGGGGAGGGGGAGGGGGAAGGAAUCAGGAUUCGGGAUAUUUUGGGGAGAGGGAGAUUAGGAGGAUGAAGAGCGCGGGGGACGUGAGGAGGGCGGCGUCGGCUGUUGGGAAUGGGAAUGGGAAUGGGAAUGGCGUGGGAGGGGGAGGGGACAAAAGCAUGACGCCUGUGCCGUCGUCGUUUAAUAUGGCGGCGGUGAGACCUUAUACGGCUUCUUCGUAUGCUUCGUCCUCUUCUUCGUUCGUUACGGGAACCGGUACAGGACCUGGAACGCCAUCGUCGACGUAUGCGCCUGGUACGCCUUCUUCGUCUUCCGUUUUUGGAUUCGGGAAUGGGAAUGGGAACGGAAAUGGGAACGGGAAUGGGUCGAGGCCUGCGCUGUCGCAUUACGGAACGUCGGGGUCCACGUCGAAUUUAUUAUCCGGAUCGACGACAAACUCGAAGUUCACGAGUACGAGUCUGGGGCCGCACGCUGGCCUUGCUGCUGUGUCCGCCUCAUCGACCGCUGCAUCUUCACCUUCGACUUCUGGGUUCCCUGGGGAGAUGACUCGGAGCACGAGUUCCGUACGACCGAAGAUCGAUAUGUCGAUCUGGGAUAAUUUGUCGGGGACGGAAUCGCAGGAUGAGGGCACGGGCCCUGGGACAGGGGCGGCGGUCUCGAGAGCGUCGGGGUCGACGACGAGGUCUUCGAAGAGCGAGAAGCGGGUUCGAGAGCAGCAGCUGCAACACCAAGCUUCGCAGAUGGAUAGGUCGAGGAGUAAGAGUGUGACGAGAGAGAAAGAUAGGGAGGGAGAGACGAUGGGGUUGGUGGCGAAGGCUUCGGAGAGGAGAAAGCGGGAUAAAGAGAGGGAGAGGGCGGAGAAGGAGAGGGAGAGGGCGGAGGGGAAGGAGAAGGGGACGAGGUGGGGGUUUUUGAAGAAGAUGUCGAUGGGGAAGAUGAGGGGGGAUGAAUCAAAUUCUGGGGCGGGGUCGGGGUCGAAUUCGAGGCCUGGGACGGCGGGUGGUGGUGGUGGUAGUGGUGGACAGGCGUCGACGGCACAGAACCAUACGAGGCCGCAGAUCAAGCCCCUUAUUCAUCAUGGGGAGGGAGAGAACGGGGCUGCGAAUGCACAGAUGCAGUUCAGGAGCGCGUCGACGCCGAAUAUGGCGAGGCUGAUGAUGGCGAAGGAUAACCCCACCAUCGACGUCCGGCUCUCUUCGACGGGCACGCUCGGUAUGGACAUGGGCAAUAUCUCUGCGCAUUCGCCACCGGAGAUGACGUUCUCGUACUCGCCUACGACGAUGUCCGUCGUCGAUGAGUCUUCCGUAGACGGAGGCGAUUCGAGACCUGGAUCGUCUUCUGCGUAUCAGACGACGACUCAGCAUCAAUACCACCUUUCUUCGGCGUCGGGUUCGGGCUCGCCUCAAGGUUCGCCGUCGUUGUUCGUGCCGAUUUCGCCUACGAGUCCGGGAACGACCCGGAGCGCGAAGCGGAGGAGUUUCUUGCCUAUUGAUUCGCCUGCUGCUUCUGGCCUGUCGGCUCCGUCGCCCUUCAUCCAUCAACAACAGUCGCAUUCGUCGUUCGCUUCUUCGUCGUACACUUCCACUUUAGUAUCUACGGAUGCAGAAGGGGACGACGCGUUCGCGGGAGACGACGAGAGGAGGACGCCGAGUCCGUUACCACCGAUACCUAUCGAGACGAACGACCAGUAUAUUCGGCGGGAAGAGGAGAGGAUGCGGGAGGCGUAUAUGAGGGCUCUGAGGUCCGUCAUGGCGUAUCUGAGGGAUAUGAACGAUCUCUCGCUCGCGCAGCAGCCGUUGCCGCCACCGACGACACAACAACAGGUCGGGCCGACGAUGUCGAUGUAUGGGUAUGGAGGCUCGCCGACUUCGGAGGGCGCGAACGGGUCUGUGGCGGGAAUGGCGGGGAUGAGUAUGACGAGUGUGGCACCGGGACAGAGGUCGAGGAGACCGACGGUUGUGGAGGCGGAUAGGGUCGUUUCGAGCGAUGGGUCAUCGUCGUUUGGUUCACCGUCGAUCGCGCCGUCCAAAGCUGGGAGCAGUGGGAGUGGGGGUCUGGGGCAGGGACAGGGGCAGGGGCAGUUGAGGUCGGUGGAGAGUAUGGCGCGGAUUAGGAGUAUGAGCACGAGUCAGACGUUGAGCGUUGCGACGACGGAUAGUGCGGGGUCGGGCUCGGGGGGCGCGAAUGGCCUGGGAGGGGAGGAGAGGAAGUAUAAGGACGAUGCGGGGAAGAGGGCGAUGAUUGUGAGGGAGAUUGUCGAGACCGAACGGACCUACGUACGGGGUCUACAGGAGCUCGACGACAUCUACAUCAGACCCGCCUCCGCGCCCGUCAACCUGCUCGGCAACGUCGGAUCUGCGAAAGAGACCGUCAUCCCGGCCGCGGAGCGCAAGCUCGCGUUCGGCGGGCUCGAGUCGCUGUUCUCGUUCCACAAGGAGAGCUUCCUGCCUGCGCUGGAGAGGGCGGCGGCGCCGUUGAUGAAGAAUGCGUCGGAUCUGGCGUUGGAGGAUGCGGAUGGACAGUUGUCGACGAGGGUGGCGACGGCGGUGGCUAAUACGUUUGUGUCGAGCGCGCCGUUUAUGAAGAUGUAUUCUUCGUAUAUCAACAAUUUUGACAACUCGGUGCAACGGAUUAAGCAAUGGGUGACCGAUCGAGGCAAUACAGGUGGUACCGUCAGUCCGCCGACCAUGUCGCCCUCCUCGAGUGGGGCACAGAUGGUCGGUCUUGGGCUUGCCAUCUCUGCAAUCUCCUCUCCUGGCAUCACACCGGAUUCGACGGGACCGAACCUCCAGCUGUCUUCGAGCCAGAGGAAACGAAUAAAGUCGUUCUUGAAGAGGUGUAGGCUGAACCCGAGGCAUUCGCAGUUGAACUUGGAGGGGUAUUUGUUGUUGCCCGUGCAGAGGAUACCGCGGUAUCGGCUAUUGUUGGAGGAACUUGGGCGAGCUACACCGCCUGGCAGCUCAGAAUACAUAGACCCCCUUGACAAAGCCGUCACCGAAAUCUCCUCCCUCGCCACGAACAUGAACGAAGGCAAACGCGAAUCCGAAUCCCGUCGCAAACUCGUCCAAUGGCAAGCCCGGAUCCGAGGCCGAUUCCCCUCGCCGCUCGUCCAGCCCCAUCGACGACUCAUCAUGGACGGUCCCUUGCUCCUGACCCGCGUCGUUCGGAAGGCGACGAUCGCGUUCGAGCUGAUCGACAGCCAGGGCGAUGCGUCGAAUGUACAAGUGGACUGUUUGAGCCCGGAACAGACGCCGAGGGCGUUGGUGGGCAUUUUGUGCAACGAUUUGAUGGUGCUGUGUAGAGACCCGAGCGAGGGGAAGGAUCCGAAUUCGUUUGUGGAUCUGUGGGCGGUGUUGAGGAUGCAGACGUUACCGCAGCCGGCGAGUAUCGUGCAUGGGAAUGUGCUCAGGCUGGUGGAUAACAAAGCGAUUUUGUACUUUGAGGCGUCUUCGACUUCGGACGCGUUGACGUGGUUUAGAGCUAUCAACCUUCAUAUACCCUCGUCAAAAACAUAA